AACGAAGCGGGAGGAGGGGUUUGAUCGGAAACGUUUCAGGUGGCCGUUACUGACGGCAUCUGCGUUUUAACCUCUGCGCUCCUGGCAGGAGAGAGCCACAGCAGCUAAAAGCACGCUUGCAAAUGAGAUGAUUGCGUGUGUCAGUCCAAAAGCUUCGCCUUCUUCACCGAGAAAAUCAACUAUGAUGGUCCGGCAGACAUUUAAUUCCCUUACAGGUUUAGUGUCUCAGCGCUUAAAGGCCUGGAAAUAAAAACUUGGGUAUUGUCCUGGUUCACCCGCAGCUUCUGUUAUCUUCUGGGAAUCUGCAGACAGCGCAACCACGUAACAUCAGGUCCAUAGUGUGUGAUGCACAUUUGUUUGUGGCUCCUUGACACGCAGGGCAUUUAAAACCCGAGUUAAAGUACUCAGUAAAAGUGUUUAUUGGCCUCACACACACUUUGAAGGUCAGCCUUACCAGAUGUCAUCGUUUAUGGGAGCACAGAGGCAAGUUUAUGGUCAGAGAGGCGCUUGAAAGGACACUCAUUCAACAUUAUGCACAGUUGCUACCAGGCAGGGGUGGGUUUAGAGAACUUUAAAUUAUUCAAGUAACUUAGAGACCUGCAAACACAGAUUAAAAUGCUUGACUAUAAUGUGUCUGAUUGUAAUUCUUCUGAUCUAUUAUCCAGUUUUAGUGAGCCUGUGUAAACCGUAGCUUCAGUUUCCUGUUCUUGGCUGACAGGAGAGACACCUGGUGUGGUCUUCUGCUGCUGUAGAGAUCCAAACGUUUCUGGCACAACUUCACCUACUUCCAAGGUGCGUGAAGAGGUCCAUGGCACACUAUGGACCUGGUGAGGUGAAGACUCCAGCAACACAUGAAACACUAGGGAACAACUUUAUUAGCAGGCCAACACAUUUCGGCCUGUGGCCUGAAUGACCCCGAUGAAGGCCACAAGUGUUCCUGGAGUCUUUAUCUCACUUGUUGUGCUGCUGUAGCCCGUCUGCUUCAAGGGGCAAUGUGUUGUGCAUUCAGACAUGCAUACCUUGCUUCCAAUAAGUGCUCAUUUAACGACUUGAAGCAGCCCAGACUAAUCUCCUCUGAGAGGCAUUUCCACCCACUGCCACUCACUGGUAUUUUUCUCCCUUGUGGACCAUCCUCUAGGGAUCACAACUCUAGAGAUGGUUGUGUGGAAAAAUCAUCAGUUUGGCACCAGCAACCAUGCCAAGUUGAAAGGCACUUCAGUGACCUUUCUUCCCCAUUCUGAUGCUCAGGUUGAACUCUUACGUUUUUAAUUUUGCUUGUUUGAUGUUGUUAAACGGAUGUUUUGAGGUGCGGUGCAGCUGCAGAGACACAACUAGCCAAAUCUAUUGGUUCAUUUUAGGAGAAAUGCCGUCAGCUUUUUAACUAAGUGGAACGUGAUCAUUCCAAUGAGCAGCCUUUCACCAUCAUCACCAUCAGCUAGGAUGCCAAUUCUAAGCAGUUCAGUGUUAUAUUAGAGGGAAACGUCUGUGCUUUUCUUUAAAAACAAAGGCUAUUUCAAAUUCAUCCCAAACUUUUAAGUGUCUUCUUAUCACCCAGCGCUGUAGUCUUGUCUAUUAGGUCAUCUUCACUGCGUGGGGAAUCUGAAACAUGAAAGUAUCGGGCUGAGAAGCUGAAAGGUUGCUUUUUAAGAAGCUGUCUGUGCUCUUAACAUGUUUCCAACUAAAGUCCAGAAGGUGUUAAUCACUUAUUAACAGACAUUACUGCGUCUCAGAGUCAGUGAGGUUUCCUGUGCGACUAUGCUGCUCGCAGUCCUCAGUGUAAUGAUUACAUUACAGGAACGCCUCUGAUUGUAGGUUUGCAGCUAACUUCUAUUCAUAUGUCCAGGGCUGUGGCUUUUCACCUUUAUGCCGAUAGUUGCUGAGCACUUAAUAAAGGUUUUCGUAACCCUCGGUAGCUGUUCAUUCAUAGGCGGUGAUUAAUAACAAACUGAAUGAACUGCGUUGUCUCUCAAAAGGCUUUGCCCCUUUGGACUUGGUGAUAAUCCUCCAAGUGUAGGUAAAGUUCACAAGCUUUGUAACAACAUAGUCAUGGUUGCAGUGCAAAUGAUCAGUGGGGAGAAAGACAGCUUUCGAGCUCAGGACUACUUGUGGAAGGACCUGUGGAGUAAACUUAAUGACACAGGAUCAGCGUGCGGGCAGGAGGAGACGAAGGGGUCACUCCAAGCCUGGUUCCCCCAUGCCUGCUUCUCCAGGCUAUACUCGACUUGAGCAUAAUGAGCCUAUGAACCCGCUGCGUAUCUCCGUAGGAGGCCUCCCCAUGUUGGCUUCCAUGGCCAAUGCCACCGACCCCCGGUUCCGCCUUAAGUGGAGGCCCAUCGUGGCAGUAGCUGGCUCUGUGGCCUUAAUCCUGCUGCUUUUCAUGCACUUCAGCUCGGGUUUACGGUACCGCUCCUACGGCUCACGCAGCUGGAGAGUCAACCCGAGCGACGGCCACCAGUCGGAUUUGCAGUACAAUGACACCUAUCCGCUCAGUCCACCCGAGCGCACGUCGCAGGGCACCCGCUAUCGCAUCGGCGUCAUCGCUGACCUGGACACCAGCUCUCUCAGCGACAAGAAGAUGACGUGGAUCAGCUACAUGCGGCGGGGGUACCUGCUGGUGUCAGAGAGCGGUGACAAGGUGGCUGUUGAAUGGGAUGUUGACAGGGUGGUGCUGGAAAGCCACCUGUCGGAGAAAGGCAGGGGCAUGGAGCUGUCUGAGCUGGUGGUGUUCAAUGGGAAGCUUUACAGUGUCGAUGACAGAACGGGUGUAGUCUACCAUAUAGAUGGAGAAAAGGCUGUACCCUGGGUCAUCUUACCCGAUGGCGAUGGCAGCGUUGCAAAAGGAUUCAAAGCCGAAUGGCUGGCAGUGAAGGACGAGCACCUGUAUGUUGGCGGUCUCGGGAAAGAGUGGACCACCACUGAAGGCGAAUUUGUCAACAACAAUCCAGAAUGGGUGAAAGUCGUGGGCUUCAGAGGCGACGUACAGCACAAGAACUGGGUUCCCAAGUACAAAUCCCUGAAAUCCGCCGCAGGGAUAGAGCAACCAGGCUAUUUGAUUCACGAGUCUGCAGCAUGGAGCGACACCCUACAGCGCUGGUUUUUCCUUCCUCGCCGCGCGAGCAGCGAGCGCUACGAAGAGACGGCGGACGAGAGACGCGGCACGAACCUCGUCCUUAGCUGCUCGCCAGAUUUCAACGACAUCAAAGUCAGCCGAGUGGGUGUACUUAAUCCUACCCACGGUUUCUCCUCCUUCAAGUUUGUCCCCAACACUGAUGACCAGAUCAUCCUGGCGCUCAAGUCUGAAGAGGACGCUGGGAAGAUUGCCACGUACAUUAUGGCCUUCACACUUGAUGGGCGCAUCCUUUUGCCUGAAACUAAGAUCGGGGAUGUAAAAUAUGAGGGCUUGGAGUUUAUAUAGAGGGCUCACACACAGAGACACUCACACUUGAGGCCACUUCACUGUGGUUCUAGUUUGUUUACAGUCACUGUUGAACUUUUUGCACUCGCUGCUUCCUCAUUGAGUCUAAAACACAUAACUCCAACUGUUGAAGCGACAUCGUCAAUACAAAUAAAAGAACUAAUGGCUGAAAGAGUAAAGUUUCAAGAAUGUGCGGAUCGGGUUGUGGUGGACUGCGUUCUUCCUAGGCCAAAUGUGGGCUUAAAAAGUACUGUAGCCUUUCUUAUAAUGAAUGUACAAAAGCUAAUUUAUCAGACUGUGAUUUGCUUUGGUUUUUUCCCCUGAUAAAUUCAUCUUUAUGCACACACUAUACACACUCAGAAGGUCUAAGGUUUUUUCCCCUUUGCUCCAUUUUCCACAGUAUCACUCUGUCCACACGAGUAUUGUCAGUGGGAUAGCAAAAGCCUUGUUUUUAAUCCUGUAUAUUGUUUGAAGACUGUUUUGGUGAUUUUAUCCUAUGUAGUUUUGUUUGUUUUUUUGUGCGUGUGUGUGUGUGUGCGUGUGUGUGUGUGUGGAGGGAGGUGACUGAGUAAAAUCGUAAUUCCUAUUUUCUGAGUCCUGUCAUAUCUUUUUACAUGUUCAAAACACAAUCUGCCAAAGUUAGACAUUGUGUUUUGAACAUGUUCCUGUUAAACCAAGAGCAGUUGUGCAAUCAGGUAUGUGCUCACAGACCUCAAACACAACUUCGUAACCACAGGAAAGAAGGUAAUGCGUUUUUAUUGCACGUAAGGAUUUAGGUAAGUUUGUAUUUAAAGUUUCAGCUUUUAAUUUUUUGUGCUAUCAGUUUGAAUUUGAAUAGAUCUUCCUCUCUAUCUCAUGGAAAUAUAUAGUAACACUUUGGAAGUACUGAGCAGGUUGAUUAUUUAUUCUUUGGAGGAUAAUUUUAGGACGUAAAGUAAAGCAGAUGGAGCAUGUGUCAUUUGCCGCUUCUUAUUUUUUUGUCUUUGUGUUAGAGUCGUGCACUAGCUGUUGGAAAUGCUCCCGCCUCGAAAUAGUCUUUGUCUUCUCCUACUUCUGUAUGUCUCUGGAAAUUUGACAUUUUGAGUGAGUAAUCCAAACCACAAAUACUUUUAAGUAUAUUCCUAGUUUUAUAAUUACACAUAAUAAUAAAAAAGUGUAAAUAAUAUACGUUAGUAUCAAAGUUAUGUAAUGACUAUGAUCAUUUAGUUAGUUACGUAACGGCUCUCGGGCUUUGGAGACCUGAAGCUCUGACUGUGCUCUCUUUACAUGCAGUCUUGUUUGACUAUCUUUGAUGAAUGUACUGGCUGAUUUGGAAUAGUUUCUAACUGAUGUACUUCAUAUCAGGCACCUUUUAUACACAGAAUGAAGUCAUUUGUGGGAUACAGCAGCGGUUGAUUGCUUUCUCAGUGUUUUCAGAACAAAUAGCUCACGAGGUUGUGUCUCC